CUUCAACUGACCCUACAAAGCUUUCUUCCACAGCCUGCGGCUUCUCAGUUGUACGGACCUCCCGGGAGAAGCCAGUGCCCUCCGUUACUGGACCCAGCCAGCUUCUAAACUGCUCUCUGCCAUCGCCUGUGUUUAAAACCACUCCUGGACUUUCAGGGACAAAAUGGCUGAGACUCAAACAGGAACGUUCCGGAUGGUCUCUGAGCAGGAACAAGCACUGCGCACAAAACUGGACCACCUCUCCACCAAGGACCACGGGCCAGUGAUUGGCAAAUGUGACCUGCUGCCCCCUCACACACUACAGAAGGCCAAGGACGAAUUGAAUGAGACAGAGGAGAAGCGGGUGGCAUGUGUGACAGAGCUUCAGAACCUGGUCCAGGACUCCGCCAGCUCGGGAGAGGAGUUUGCCAAGAUUGUGCUGGAGAAGACAAAAGACAAAGAUGAUUCGUUCUUCCUGAGGUUCAUCAGAGCAAGGAAGUUUGACGUGAAAAGGUCCUAUGAACUUCUCAAAGGUUACGUGCGUUUCCGUGAGCAGUACCCUGAGCUGUUUGAGAACCUGACGCCAGAGGCAGUGCGCAGCACCAUCGAGGCCGGCUACCCCGGCAUCCUCACCGAACGCGACAAGUACGGCCGUGUCGUCCUGCUCUUCAACAUCGAGAACUGGGACUACGAGGAAAUCACCUUCGAUGAGAUCCUUCGUGCCUACUGCGUGAUCCUGGAGAAACUGCUGGAGAACGAGGAGACUCAGAUUAAUGGAUUUUGCAUCAUUGAGAACUUUAAGGGAUUUACGAUGCAGCAAGCAUCUGGCAUCAAACUCUCCGAGCUGAAGAAGAUGGUGGACAUGCUUCAGGAUUCCUUUCCUGCUCGGUUUAAAGCGGUACACUUUAUCCAUCAGCCUUGGUACUUCACCACCACCUACAACAUGGUCAAGCCUUUCUUGAAGGGCAAACUGCUGGAGAGGGUGCAUGUGCAUGGUGAGGAGCUGGAAUCGUUUUUUAAGGAAAUUGAUGCUGAUAUCCUCCCAGAAGAAUUUGGAGGGAGCCAGGCGAAAUACAACGGCAAAAUCAUAGCUGAGAAAAUCUUCGGCACUGAGUCGGAAGAUACUGCCCUAUAAGCACCACAAAUGGCAUUGAGAGAAGCCUUAAAUAGGGGGGGGGG